UUUCCCGCCGCGCCUCCUGAGAGCACCCAAGGACGAUGGCAUCGAUCAGCACGGACGAUGCUGCUCCGACGAGCCAUGUCGACGCUCCAGUUCCAGUUGCGACGGGAGAUCACGAGGAGGCGGCGGGCGUCGUCGGCAAGGGCACCGCGUCCGCGGAGCAGGCGGCGGCGAGGCGCGACGUCUUCCUGCUGGCCGGGAUCAGGAAGCUCAUCAAGAGCUUCAGGAGCCUGACCCACAUCUUCGAGAUGUACGAGGACGGCGACGAGGAGGAGGAGGACGACGACGACAUCCAGAUCGGGUUCCCUACGGACGUGGAGCACGUGGCCCACAUCGGGCUGGACGGCUCCAGCAGCGUCGCCAGCCUCAGGGGGAUGGACGGGGCCAGGGAGCUGCUCUCCCUCUCCACCAACAUCUCCCUCCACCAGUUCGAGUUCGCCAUGGCCUCCAUCGCCGCGCAUGACGACCGCAGCAGCGCUGCCAUAACAGCUAGCCCGUAAUUAAUUAAUUAAUUACAGUGCUUAAUUAAUAACUGGGCCACAGCUCGCGCCGCGCACGUACUAGUUCUUCUACCCCCACUGGCGCUGGCUAGCCUACAUGCUCUUCCCGUUCCUGGCCAAUGCUGGCAGCCGCUACGUGAAAACAGGAAUUAAAGAUGCAUGGUUGCCCCGGCCGUGGUGUAUAUAGUGUCACCUAUGGAUAUUUUUGUAAUUUGAGACGCCAACUGCUUUGGUGUGGAACGUGGAUGUACAUGCUAUGUCACGUACGGAAAUCUCAACCAUUUUCUGUGUGUGUGUGUGUGUGUGAAAACAGCUUCCUUAGCUCAACCUUGCUUUUUUAGGAAUAGUUUUACUUCCUUAACAGCAUUUGUGGUACUCACUAUUAAUUAAGCAUUUGGAGUAUACAAAACG